AUGUCUCUAAUGCAGUUCUGGACCAAAUUUUAUUCUCAGCAGGGACGGCCGCUUCCCAAGGACUUGUUCGGCAACGAUGACCCGUCUACAAACUCUCUUUUCUCCUCCCCGGCUGACUCGCUGUCAGAGUACGAUACCCAGCCCUUCAUCAGCACAGACGACCUGGACACGGUGCCCACGCUCUGGGACAUCAACACUAUCACCCCCACCAACACACCAGCACAGAGCAGCUCAGAGCACAAUGGCAGCAGGUUUCAAGGCUUGGCCAGUUUGGAUGAUAUAACUGCUAUUAUCAGCACUCCACCUUUAGGAGAAUUCCAGGCUCAGAGACCCCAGCCGCCUCCUGAGGAGGAGGACGAUGCUGAAGAGGAAGAGACAGAGGAGCUGGGACAUGUUGACACAUACGCCGAGUAUCGACCCUCCAAAUCCACGAAAGGAAUCUCUCAUCCUGACAUAGUGGUCGAAACCAACACGCUGUCCAGCGUCCCUCCUCCAGACAUCACAUAUAAUCUGUCUAUCCCCGAGUCCACCAUCAACAGCGGCCAGCUGUCCGCCCUGCAGCUGGAGGCUGUCAUCUACGCCUGCCAGCAACACGAGGUGAUCCUCCAGAACAACCAGAGGGCGGGCUUUCUGAUCGGAGACGGGGCGGGUGUCGGAAAGGGACGCACCGUGGCGGGAAUAAUCGUGGAGAACUACCUUAAGGGGAGAAAGAAAUCUCUCUGGUUCAGUAUAUCCAAUGACCUGAAGUUCGAUGCAGAGAGGGAUCUCAAAGACAUAAAUGCUCCGAACAUACCCGUGCAUGCCUUAAACAAGAUAAAGUAUGGAGACACAGCUACCUCAGAAGGAGUCCUGUUUGCAACUUAUUCUGCGCUGAUCGGUGAGAGCCAGGCGGGAGGGCAGCACCGAACCAGAAUUAGACAGAUCCUGGACUGGUGCAAGCCAGACUUUGACGGAGUCAUUAUUUUUGACGAAUGCCACAAAGCCAAGAACGCCACCUCCACAAAGAUGGGCAAGGCAGUGCUUGACCUGCAGAACAAAUUGCCGCGGGCCAGAGUGGUUUAUGCCAGUGCCACAGGUGCCUCUGAGCCAAAAAACAUGAUCUAUAUGAGCCGUCUGGGAAUAUGGGGUGAGGGCACGCCCUUUAAAACCUUUGAAGACUUCCUGCAUGCCAUCGAGAAGAGAGGUGUUGGGGCCAUGGAGAUAGUCGCAAUGGACAUGAAAGUCAGCGGGAUGUAUAUUGCGAGACAGCUGAGUUUCGCAGGAGUGUCCUUCCGCAUCGAGGAGAUUGGACUGGACAUUGACUUCAAACAGGUCUACAACAAGGCUGCCAAACUGUGGGCAGAGGCGCUGAAAGUGUUCAUGCAAGCAGCUAACGAGCUGGGCCUGGGCAACAGGAAGUCUCUGUGGGGGCAGUUCUGGUCAGCUCACCAGCGCUUCUUCAAAUAUCUCUGCAUCGCUGCCAAGGUGCGCAGCCUGGUGGAGCUGGCCAAGAGAGAGCUGGAUGCUGGAAAGUGCAUUGUUAUCGGGCUCCAGUCUACUGGGGAAUCACGGACCAGGGAAGUCUUGGAUGAGAACGAUGGACAUCUUGAUAGAUUUGUUUCUGCGGCAGAGGGGGUAUUCCAGUCUCUUGUCAUGAAGCAUUUUCCCUCAGAGAAGCAGAGAAGAGAGAAACCACCAGGAAAUAAGAGAAAACGGAAGCCGAGAGGCCGCCAACCCAAGAUGCCCAAGCACACGGUGGACAUCGGUGGUGUUAUAAACAUCACCGAUGACAGCAGUAGUGACUCUGAUGGCAUGGACACGGACUCCAACUCCUCACCCGACUCGCUGCUCGACAACGAUGACGUCAUCUUUGUGAACCACACGAGCCUCCAGGCAGCCCGGAUAGAAGAGAUGAAGCAGGGCCUUCUCCACAAAAUAUCUGAACUGGGAAAAGAACUACCUCUCAACACAUUAGAUGUGCUCAUUGAUAAGUUUGGAGGACCAGAAAAAGUCUCUGAGAUGACUGGUCGUAAAGGUCGUGUGGUGCGGCGUCCGGACGGCACAGUCCGCUACGAGUCACGAGCCGAGCAGGGCUCCACGAUUGACCACAUCAACAUAAAGGAGAAGGAUCGUUUCAUGAACGGGGAGAAGUUGGUGGCCAUCAUCUCAGAGGCAGCCAGCUCUGGGAUUUCCCUGCAGGCAGACAAGCGGGUAAAAAACCAGAGGCGCAGGGUCCACAUGACCCUGGAGCUGCCGUGGAGUGCAGACAGGGCUAUUCAGCAGUUUGGUCGAACUCAUCGGUCCAAUCAGGUGACGGCCCCGGAGUACAUCUUCCUCAUCUCAGAGUUGGCUGGGGAGAGGCGCUUUGCCUCCAUUGUGGCUAAGAGACUGGAAAGCUUGGGUGCACUAACCCACGGAGACAGAAGAGCCACUGAAUCCAGAGACUUGAGCAAAUACAACUUUGAAAAUAAGUAUGGUACCAAGGCUCUUGAUAAAAUCACCAAAGCUAUUCUUGGCCACAUAGAGAACAAGGUGCCCCCUCCCAAAGGAUACCCUGGGGGAGAUUACAUCUUCUUUAGAGAUAUGAAAGAAGGAAUGAAGAAUGUGGGCAUCUUCUGUAAUGAGCCUCGUCUUGGGAUCAGCACUGAGAAGGACUGCAGCAUUACCAAGUUCCUGAAUCGCAUCCUGGGUUUGGAGGUCCACAUGCAGAACUAUCUCUUCCAGUACUUCAUUGAGAACUUUGACUAUUUGAUUGAGAAGGACAAGAAGGAGGGCAAAUAUGACAUGGGAAUUCUAGAUCUCGCCCCAGGUAAUGAUGAGAUUUAUGAGGAGAGGCAGGAAAUCUUCUUGACCCCUGGAAAUCCUCAGGAUGGACAGGUUGUUCUCUAUAAGAUCAGUGUGGACAGAGGUAUGCCCUGGGACGAGGCCUAUGGCAGGUCACUGAAGCUCCGCAGCCACGAGGAGGGAUUCUACCUCUCCCAGAAGCUCCGAGGCAACAACCCAUGUGUGCUGCUCGCCGAGCAGGGAAGAGGCAAGAACUUUGUCGUUUACAAGCCCAACAUCGGCAAGCAGAACCACCCCGAGAACCUCGACAACCUCCUGCAGCGUUACCGGAAGGUGACUCCUGAGGAAGCCAGGGAAUGCUGGGAGAACCAGUUCACCUUCUCCUUCAAGAAGUGCAGCCAUGCCAACUGGAAUGGGAAGUGUAAGAAGAUCGAGGAGGGCCAGGAGUGCCUGCAGGGCAUGCGCCUGCGCCAGUACCACAUGCUGUGCGGGGCUCUGCUGCGGGUGUGGAAGCGGGUGUCCGACGUGGUGUCGGACGUCACCAACUCCAGCAUCCUGCAGAUCGUCCGUCUGAAAACCAAGCAGCACAACAAGCAAGUCGGCAUCAAGAUCCCGGAGAACUGCGUGGCCCGCGUGCGGCAGGAGCUGCUGCAGAUGGACGAGGAGGUGAAGAAGAGGCGAAGGGACAAGGAGCAGAAGCGGAAAAUGGAGCAGGAGUGCAAACACCUCCUGCCGGGCCCGUUCAGCCAGAAGCCCGUUCACAGCCAGUACCUCGCCCAGAGGCUGGCCCAGAACCCGAUCCUCAAGCAGAGUCUAAACCAAAACACUUUACAGAAAACGCAAACUGGGAGCAUGGCGCAGCUCCAGGGGCUGGCGGGCCAACCUCAGUCCCCCUUUCAGCAGACUCCCAUCAAUUUAGCCAUGCAGUCCUUACAGAGACACCCCAACCAAAGCCAGCAGGGCUCCCAUAACAGCUGGCCCAACAACUCCUCCUCCUCCUCAGUCAGCAGCACCCAGGGCCACCAGUCCAACGCCUUCAGCCCCGAUUUCCGUCAGUUUUUCCAAGCGCCUUUUAAUCCCUUUCAGCAGCAGAAGAAUCCGUCUCUUCCACUCCAUCAGCCCACACUGUCUCCCAACUUGUCUUCCAAGAACCCCCUGGAUGACAUCUUGGACCUCACCAUGAGCUCUCCCUCCCCCUCUCCCGAAAACGCAGAGGGUCUACUGACGGCCAACACUGUGGACUACACGGACGGCUUUAACCUCGAGGCACUGAUCUCCCAGAACGCACCACCCAACGCCCCGCCAGCUGCACAAACCCGAGAGCCUCAGAUGCCCAAGGUGUCGGAGCUGCUGGCCUUACAGCAGCAGAACCACAACCUGCUGGCCAACAACCACCACCACGACGCACUAUUAUACGACCUGCCCCUGCCCCCCCAGAUGCCCACACAGAAAACCAGCCCUUCCUCCUCCUCUUCCUCCUGCUCUUCCUCCACCUCCUCCAGGUCGACCCACCCGGGCACCGCCUCUCUCUUCCCCUGCCCCACCUCCUCCUCGUCCUCCUCCUCCCUGUUCUCCAUGUCUCCCUCUUGCUUCCCCCAGAGCUACCUGCUCCAGCAGUCCGACCCCGCCUCUCUCCCCAACGGUCACUGCAGCUCCAGCGCGCUGGACGUCCGCGAGGCUCUGAACAGCAUGCUGCAGGCCGGGCCCGACCGCAAGUCCGUCAUUCAGUACCGCCAACAAGACUGA